AUGAAGAUCAAGGCUCUCAGUCGCUCCAUUUCGGAGCAUCAGCCCCCUGGCUCCGCCGCUGCGAAGGUGCCUCGAAACCUUGACUCAGCGCUGCACCCAUUCGAACGAGCACGCGAGUACCAGCGCGCCCUGACAGCCGUGAAGCUGGAACGCAUGCACGCAGCACCCUUCAUCGGACAACUCGGUCGCGGACACGUGGAUGGUGUGUACUCCAUCGCAAAAGACCCCAACUCCGUGGAACGAUUUGCAAGCGGCAGUGGUGAUGGCGUGGUCAAGGUAUGGGACCUGACCGACCGGACGGAGGAAAUAUGGUCGGGCACAGCACACGAGAACAUUGUCAAGGGCUUGGAAUGGACACGCGAUCAGAAACUACUGACAUGCGCCGCGGACCGAUCAAUCAAGCUCUACGACCCUUACAACACAAAGAGCGGCUCGGCCCCGAUCUCGUCCUGGCUCGGCGCAGGUGCAUUCACAUCCCUCUCGCACCACCGGUCCAAGAACGCCUUUGCUGCCGCCUCGAGUGUGGUGUCCAUCUACGACCUCGAGCGCCACACCGCGGCCCCAGAGGUUCUCAAGUGGCCCACGGCCACCGACACUAUCACAAACGUGGCUUUCAACCAGGUCGAGACGUCGGUGCUGGCGUCCUGCUCCAACGACCGCUCUCUGGUCAUCUACGACCUCCGCACAUCGACGCCCGUCGCCAAGACGAUUCUCACCUUUGCUGCCAAUCACAUUGCCUGGUCACCCAUGGAAGCCUUCAACUUUGUCUGCGCAAGCGAGGACCACAAUAUGUACCUCUUUGAUAUGCGCAAGAUGGAUCGCGCGCGCAACGUGUUUAAGGACCACGUCGCGGCCGUCAUGGACGUCGAGUUCUCCCCCACUGGCGAGGAACUCGUCUCCGCUUCGUGGGACCGCACCGUGCGCCUGUGGAACAGGGACCGCGGCCACUCGCGAGACGUGUACCACACCAAGCGCAUGCAGCGCGUCAUGGCAGCCAAGUGGACACCGGAUGCCCGCUACGUUCUCUCCGGCUCCGACGACGGCAACAUCCGUCUCUGGAGGGCCAACGCAUCGUCGCGUGAGGGCGUCAAGACCGCCAGGCAACGACAGGCCCUGGAGUACAGCGACGCACUGACCAAGCGCUACGAGCACAUGCCCGAGAUUCGACGCAUCAAGAGGCACAGGCAUGUCCCCAAGGUGGUGAAGAAGGCCGCCGAAAUCAAGGGCCAGGAGAUCAAGAGCAUCAAGAGGAAGGAGGAGAAUGAGCGCAGGCAUUCCAAGAAGCAAUUCGAGCGGAGGAAGAGUGAGAGAGAAAAGAUGAUCCUGGCAAAGGAGAAGUAG